UCCAAAGAUAAAAGGCCCUUUAAGCCUUUCAUUCUCUUGAUGUUCUGGCUAUAGACCGAUACAGUUCGGCGAGAUAGGAACAGGGAGAUAAAAGCGAAAGCCUUUCUAUAUAGAACUAAAACGCGAUCAAGAACAUGGAUCUCCUAGGAAGGAGAAGAGAAGGGGAAACUUUCGAAAGAGGCAAAAGCUGGCAUUUCGCAUCGCCAAAUCCGAAUUACACAGCUUGCAUCGAUCUGCGGAGGAACGAACGAGCGAGCGUCCGCGUCCGCGUAUCGAUCGCGGAAAAUAGCCGGCGCUGGUACGCGCGCGUUCGCACGGCGGCCGCUGACGUCACUGGGGGCCGUUCGCGUGCCGCGCUUCGCGACGUCAGCCACAGAGGACGUCGGGACGACGCACCAUGGACGUCGACGUCGUUGUCGCUGCCACCGGGAUCAUAUACUAACUGACGCUUCCGGGAACAAAGCUCCGCUCGCGAGCAUGUGCUCCUAGACAGCGUUCUCAUCCGCGACGGUCUUGUCUCGACGACGACGAGAAGGAGGAGGAGGAGGAGGAGGCCAGGUGCGAUCCCGCAGGGACGCGCGGUGCUCUCUCAAUCGCGGCCCGUACGGCCGCGCCGUUCGUUUCCGGUAAUCGAUCGACUCGAUUCGCCCCGACCAGGCCGACAAGAUGGGCUCUAUAGUGCUCAAGUCGCUCUCAGUGCUGCUCGGCAUAUUUUUCGUUUUCGUCGGUACGAUGAAGCUCACGUCGCACAUCAGCAAGGACCUGCAUAAGGACCUGAGGAAGGAGUAUGUCAAAUAUGCAAAGGUGUUCCCGCUCUCUGGCACGUUCGACUUCAAGGUACCCAGCAAAUGGUAUCGAAGAGUCGUCGGGUCGCUUGAGAUUAUCUGCGGCUUCGCCAUGGCGAUUAUUCCAAGUCAUAAAAUUAAAAAUUUCUCGAACACAGUGCUUCUAUUCUUGAUGUUGAUGGCUGUGUACUCUCACUACAUGGUCAACGACAAGUUCGAGAGGACCGCCCCGGCAUUGGUGUUCUUCUUUCUGCUGACGGGGCGACUGGUGAUUGACUGGCAGCUGAGACGAAAAGAAGCGCAAUCGGUGACGGCGAACGGCGUCGACGACAAAACUAAGAAGCAAGACUGAGCAGGAUUAUGGCUAGAGAAUGCGUGUUCGUCCGUUUCCACGUUGACCCACUUGAUUCUACUGUUUCAUUUCUGGAACACGAGGCCUCUGACCAUGUUACUAUAUUUAUUUUAAACGUACUCUCUCUCGCUUCCAUUGUUCCAGAAGUGGGACUUCUACGUCAAAAUACCAUAAUACGAUUAUUUGACGAAUAAACUCGAUAUACUUAUCGAAAAAAAUAUGUACAAUCCAAAAAGAAGGGAAACGGUAAUUCGGAAUCACGUGGGUUAAGUUUGUAUAAAGUAUACGUCUCUCCAGGAAUAGAGAUGAGAUGGAGAACGAAUUCAAGGUGAUUAUAACGCGAAUAGCGAAAUGAAUUUUCGUUGCACUCUAUGUCCACUUUGCGCACUAUUAUUGCAGUAUGAAAAGCAUCGUUAAGUUCUCGGACACGAUGAAAUCCGCCAUUAAUGGAAGUUACGUGAAGAAGUAAUCUUGAGUAAUCUUAUCAUGUCCUUUUUUUAUCGACGAGUUAUUUACUCUAAUAAUAUACAAUGGAUUAUGAAUCUUUCUCGAUGAAUGUUGCUUAGAGACGAUUACAAAUCUGUAAUAUAAAAUCCGACAGCAAUUGUAGUCUGAUGAUCGGUAAAACGUCGUUUUCGCUAACUGACGAUAGUGUUUCAUCCCGCAACAUUGAUUCACUCAGAGACUAUCGCAUCAAUGUCGAUUGACGCUGGCCAGGAUUAAGAAAAAAUUAUUUCUCUCUAUUUAUAAUUAAGGUAACAAGGAACAAAAGAUCGCUAACGGAUUAACUGAUGAUUCUGAUAAAAUUAAUUUUAGAUGUAAAUUAGCUUGGUUACAUCACUUUAGUCAGCAAAUAUCUGCCUCUUUCAAUUCUUCUUGCAAUUACACUACAAGCAGUUACGUAAUAUAAAAUGCUGUAAUAUAAACAGCUGAGUUCUAGAUAACUAUGAUAGUGAAACUAGAGAUAGUCACCAUGUAGACAGUUAUAAGUAACUAUACAUGUAUGUAAUAUAAAAAGUAAUAAUCGAGACGAUUAGCUGUAAACUGUAUAAGCAGAAAAAGGAGAUUUGAGUUGCCACGUGUGAUAUCAGUCGACAUCGGUACGUUGAGUCUUGAGUGAUAUUAGCUUAAGCACGAGGUACUAACUGCCACUUGAAUGAAUGCGUCCUUAUACAUGUCGUGCGAGCGUGCGUGUAUGAACAUACGAGAAAUGUUUCGUAGUAAUCGGAACAUCUCUCUGUGCGCAUUAGUGUUAAUUUAUUCCUUAAAAGCUCCAUAUGCGGAUAACGAGUGUGAUCAGAUAAUUUGAUAAAUAAAGCUUAAAGUGAAACUUAGCGGAUAGACUUUUUGUCCAAUUACCAAACGACAUCUAUGACAGUUGCAUAUCUUCGAAAGCUUCUUGAUCGAUUUUGAGCAUCGAUUUUGGAAUGUUUAUUCGUGAUGCACUUUAAGAAUAUUUGAAUGUAACUCCGAAAAAUCCUUUUACCGCAACGUUCCACAUGUAAUUUACAUAAAUCGAAAUCGAUAACUCACCGUGGUCCGAAAAAAUUCGUGUCAUGUCUUCUGUUGAAAGCUUCUUUACGUCGAAACAUUUUUUGUAUAUAAGAUUGCAAUAAAAAACAUGUCUGAAA